AAGCGAAAGCAACGGCGCAAGGAAAGCUACGCUAUCUACAUCUACAAGGUGCUGAAGCAGGUCCAUCCGGACACCGGUGUCUCGUCGAAGGCGAUGAGCAUCAUGAAUAGCUUCGUGAACGACAUCUUCGAGCGUAUUGCUAACGAAGCAUCUCGUCUGGCCCAUUACAACCGACGGUCGACGAUCACCUCCCGCGAGGUACAGACCGCCGUUCGUUUGCUGUUACCGGGAGAGCUGGCGAAACAUGCCGUAUCGGAAGGUACCAAGGCCGUUACCAAAAAGAAAAAAAUCGAAAAACAAACGGCCAGCGGAAAGGCUGUGAAAAAAUCCGGCGGCGGCGGUGGCAAGGCACAGAAGAACAUCGCCACAAAAGCAGGAGGAGGAGAGAAGAAGAAGCGAAAGCAACGGCGCAAGGAAAGCUACGCUAUCUACAUCUACAAGGUGCUGAAGCAGGUCCAUCCGGACACCGGUGUCUCGUCGAAGGCGAUGAGCAUCAUGAAUAGCUUCGUGAACGACAUCUUCGAGCGUAUUGCUAACGAAGCAUCUCGUCUGGCCCAUUACAACCGACGGUCGACGAUCACCUCCCGCGAGGUACAGACCGCCGUUCGUUUGCUGUUACCGGGAGAGCUGGCGAAACAUGCCGUAUCGGAAGGUACCAAGGCCGUUACCAAGUAUACCAGCUCGAAGUAA